AUGGCCGCGUUCAGUAUUCCCGGGGCUGGCACAACGCGGCUGCAUCUCCCGACACUGCUACUGUUGCUAGGGUCGCUUCUUGCAUGUGGUCUAGUAGUGCCUGCAGUAGGGCAAGCUGCCGGGAAAUUAACUUCAGAAACCUACGACACGCCGGCCGACUAUAUCUGCGCUGACCAGACACUGACGACGCUAUGUCGCAUUAUCCGGGCUGCUGGUGAAGGCGAAGGCGCCGCGGCACUCAAGAGUGGCACAACAAUUGAGACUGUUUUUGCGCCCACAAACGACGCCUUCGACAAGGAUUCCAAGAGCGUAGCAUUAAAACUCCAGCUGAAGGACUUUGCCGACAUAUUCACCACCUCGACCGCUGCGGACCGCCUGCUGCGAGGGCUGAUUGUGCCCAACCAGGUAUAUGAAAAAGACUUCGGUCGAACCGGAUGA